UAGCGGUGUUUGUUUGAACAUUCUUCGCCGCAGCUGUUUUGUUCAGUUGAUUAUUUAAUGAGCAUAGUAAUUUUUUUUCAACUCUCGUAUAUGAGUGUUCUUUUGUAAGCGGCACUCAAUAAUCCAGUUGGAUUUAUUUUAAAAUUAUUAAUUCAAUAAAAAAUAUGUAGUAGUUGAUAGAGUGAGAAAUAAUGAUUCAGUAUUGAAAUUUUUUGAUUUGAUGGAAGUUAGAUGCGUAUAAGACUGUGUGGUUUCAUUCUUUCUCAUGAAAAUAAGGCUUUUAUUUCACCAUGGUUAAAGAUAUUCAAGUAAAAGUUCUUUAUGAUUUUGAAGCUCAACCAGAUUCAGGAGAACUAAGUGUUUGGACUGGGGAAAUUAUAAUUGUCACUAGACAGGAUGUUGGAGGUGGUUGGUGGGAAGGAAGAAAUGACAGUGGUGAUUCUGGAUUGUUUCCAUCUUCAUAUGUUGAAGUUAUUGAGAAUUCACAAUCAUCAGGACAGCCUCUUCGCACUCCUGAGUAUUCAGCUGAUGAUAUUCAAAUCCUGACAAGACAAGAUAAUGAAGCUUCCCAAGAUUGGGAAGAUAGCUGGGAUGAAGACGCUGGGGAUAAUAAACAAAAAUCUACUGACAAGUCUAAAGAGACACCUUCUGGAUUUUUGUCCAUUCCAUCCAUUGAGAAAAAAAGUAGUAGUACUGGUGAUUUGUCUGCUAUCGCUCGUGGGGAUAAAAUUGGAACAUUGGGGAUGAAGAAAAGCUUUAAUAGAUUUUCAGCUUUUGUGAAAUCUGGUGGGGAAACGUUUAUAUUAGGUGAAACAACUGUCAACGUGUCUGCGGAAGAUUAUGUUACAAUAGAGGAAGAUGAUGGCGAAAUUAUGUGGUUGAGAACUGGAGAACAAUAUACUUGCUCCGUCUCUAAGCCAAAAAAAGAAAGCAAAUUACGUGGUCUCAAAAGCUACAUUGCAUAUCAAAUUACACCAUCUUUUUCAAAUAUUGAAGUUAGCAGACGCUUUAAGCAUUUUGAUUGGCUGCAUGAAAGGUUACAAACCAAGUAUGCUUUAAUUCCAAUACCACCUCUUCCAGGAAAGCAAUUCUCAGGAAGAUACGAAGAUAUGUUCAUUGAGCAUCGAAUGAUUCAACUUCAAAUGUGGAUUAGUAGAAUAUGUAAUCAUCCAGUGUUAGGACAGAGCGAUGUGUGGAAACAUUUCAUUACCUGCACUGAUGAAAAACAAUGGAAAACUGGCAAGAGAAGAGCUGAGCGGGAUGAACUUGUUGGAGCUUCAUUCUUCCAUGCAAUCAAAGCUCCUGAAACAUCUUUAGAUCCUUUUCAAUUAGAAAUGCAAGUGGAAAACUUUUCCAAGUUCUCCCUCAAAAUGGACAACACUGUCAAGUCUUUGCAUGGUACUGCACAAGAAUUAUGCAAGAAGUAUUCAGGCUCUUACAAAAAAGAAUUUCACAAGCUUUCAUCUUCAUUUAAAGAGUUGGGUGAGACCUUUGAAAUGGAAACUUCACCCUAUUCUACAGAUCUGACUAAAGCAAUUAAAGUCACUGGUGAUACAUAUGAAGAGAUUGGAGACUUAUAUGGAGAACAGCCUCGCAAUGAUCUUGAACCAUUUGGUGAUAUUUUGCACGAGUACAAAGGAAUUCUAGCUUCAUGGCCAGAAAUUAUACAGAUUCAAAAAGGUGCUAUACAAAAGAAAAAAGAACACCAGAAGCUGCUUGAAGAAGGAAGACUUUCUCAAGAAAAUGUAACUGCAAUCUCACGACGUACAGACAUCAUAUCUUAUGCUGUCUUGGCUGAAAUAACACAGUUUCAACAAGAACAAGUGGGAGAGUUUAAAAACAUGGUUCAGAAUUUCCUUCAAGAACAAGUGAAAUUCUACUUGCAGAUUGCUGAAAAAUUGCAAGGAGCAUUGGAUCUCUACUCUUAACUGUAGUUCAUUUACAAAGUUUAAAACUGUGUCUUUCUUUGCAUCAUGGCUGCCUAUUUAAGUGUCUAGUCCAUUUCAGUCAAUUUAAUGAGCAGCUGUAGUGCUACUAUAUAUUUUGCAUAUUGAAUUCAUAAUUAUAAAAGAGUAUUAUUUGCUGCUAACAGCUUUUUUUUCAUUUUAAAGAAAUUAUGCUGACUAUAUUUAAAAAUUAAUUUAUUGCAUUUUCGUUAUAUUUUAAUUUAGUUUAAGGUCGUGAUAUUGAAUGUUAAUGUUUAUCUACAUUCUUUUCUUUUUUUUCUUUUUUAUAGUUGCAUGUAUGCCUUAAUAUUUUAGGCUUGAUCUUGGAUAAACUGCUAAAUUUAUGAAAUAUUUUUAAAUGUGAGCCAUUAAGUAUGUUUUCACUUUGCUAUGGUUUACUUUACUUAUAAAAUAAUUUUUCUCUAUAUUAUUGCGCAUUUUGCUAAAAUUUUUUACACAUUUGUGUCUUUUCUAGUCUAUAGUAUUUAUUUUUUAUUUUGUAGCAUUUUUGUAUCUUUUGGUGUUAAGAUCUAUCUAUGAGCUGUUCGAAUUUAAGCAUUUUGUAAUGUGUGUAUAAUGUAUAAUUUCUGAUAAUUUUGUCUAUCUGAAUCUCUUGAGAUAGCUAUAUUUUUUAAAUGGUUCAAUUCAUGAUUUCACUCAUUAGAACUGCAUGUGUAAUUAAAUAUAUUAGAAUUAAUUUCUAGCAUGAUGAAAAAUUUGUCAAAGUAUUUUAUUUAUUCACAAGAGAAACUAAAGUAAUAUUUUUCUGCACACUAUAUUUUAAAAGCUAUUUUCAAGGUAAUACUUUAAAUUGAUGAAAUACAUCUAAAAUUUUAUUUGUGUUAAUAGUUAGUUUUGAUGAUGCUAUAUGGAGACGUACAGUCAAAUGUUUUGGAUUUUCUGUAUUAACUCAGGUUUUAAUUUCUUGCUUGUAAAUUUUAUCCAAA